AUGUCAGCGUGGACGGCGUCCGCCGUGCCGCUGCUGAUGGCGCUGUGCCUGGGGUUGACCCCACUACACGCGGCGGCGCAGGCCGCCGCCGCCACAUCUGCCUCCCGCCAGAACAGCGAGGCGCUGCUGGCGUUCAAGGCCAGCAUGGUCAACGGCGGCGAGCUGCUUUCCACUUGGGUCAACGGCACCGACUACUGCGCCUGGAGGGGGGUCAACUGCGACGCGGGCGGGUUCGCGGAGAGCAUGUGGGUGCUGGCCGCGGAGGGGCGGGGCAUGGCCAUGCGGGGGCUUGCCAUCGCCCACGCACGCCCUGCCUGCCUUACCUGCAUCACGGUCGACGGCUUUGGGCUGGUGGGCAACCUACCAUCGCCCUCCGGCUGGCAGCUGCCAGACCGCCUGCAGCGGCUGGAGCUGGGGCUCAACAGCAUCUCGGGGUCCAUCCUGCCUGGCUGGGUGCUGCCCCAAGGCCUCUCCAUCCUCUACCUGGCCUCCAACCCGCUCGGCGGCUCCCUGAGCCCUAGCUGGGUGCUGCCGGACAGUGACACCCAGCUGACCGGGUCCAUCCCGCCAGCCUGGCGCCUGCCCCCCGGCCUCGCCACCCUGGCGCUCUUCAACAACAGCAUGACAGGCACCCUGCCCCAGUCGGUCACCCAGCUGCAGGGGCUGACGUCCCUGGAUGCCUCCUUCAACCGCCUCACCGGCGCCCUGCCCGCCGCCAUGGCGAUCAACGCCAGCACGCCCGUGGCAGUGGUCAACGUGGCUGGCAACGCCUUCGCGGGCCCCGUGCCCUCCUGGCCCGCCGCCACCAACGCCAUCCUGGCCAUCCAGCCCGGCAACGAGGCGCUCCCAGCCGCUGGCAGCAGCAGCAGCAGCAGCGACGGCGGCGGGAGCGAGGACGGCGGCGGCGGCCUGAGUGGCGGCGCGAUUGCGGGCGUGGCGGUGAAGGCGGUGGCUGCGGGCAAGCUGGGCAGCGACCUGGAGACUGGACCCAGCUCCCAGCUGACCCCCUCCCUCCCCUCCAACGGUACCGCCGCCGGCGCCGUGCAUGGCCCCAACAGCAGCGGAAGCUUAAGCAACACCGGCGGUUCCAUCUCCCUUAGGGCUGCCGCUGCCGCUGCACUGCACCCCGGCAGCUGCGGCGGUGGUGGUGAUGGUGUUGGCAGUACCGGCGGUGGUACGGCGCCCGGCGCCAAGCUGGCCGCCAGGCUGGCGCAGCUGGAGCGCAAGCCACCGGCCUGGCUGCUGGACCCGUCCCGUCUGGUACUGGAGCGUACCGCAGACGAUAGGCUCGUACUGCUGGGGCGCGGCUCCUUCGGACGGGUGUACCGCGUAUGGCUGCUGGGCGCGGCGCCCGCUGCGCCUGCUGCGCCUGCUGCGGCGCCUGCGGCUGCUGCUUCGGCGGCAGGCGGCGGGGAUGGCGCGGGAGACGGUGGCACCGGGGGCGGCGGCGAGGUGGCGGCGGCACCGCCCGGGGACCUUCCGGUGGCGAUCAAGGUCAUGGAGGCCGCCGACCUGUCCGCGUUCCUUCGGGAGGCCGAUGUACUGGCGCGGCUGCACGGCUGCGAGCAGCUGGGCGGCGACCUGUGCGCCGCGCUGGCGGCCGACGUCGACGGGGCGCUGACCUGGCGGCGGGGCGGGCGCCAGGUUGCGCUGGACAUUGCCGGCGGCCUGGUCUACCUGCACGCCAACAACGUGACGCACAGGGACCUCAAGUCCAAGAACGUGCUGCUGACCGGUACCGGCGGUAUCGGGCUGCCAGCUGUGCGCGCCAAGGUGGCGGACGUGGGGGCCGCCGACCUGCACUCCGCCACGUACCUGUCUGCCGGCAGCGGCGACUGCGGCGGCACGCUGGCCUGGGCCGCGCCCGAGCUGCUGCUUGGGCAGCCGUGCACGCACAAGAUAGACAUCUACUCCCUGGGCGUGGUCCUGUGGGAGCUGGCCACCCGCGAGGCGCCAGUGGCGCCGCCGCCGCCCUCGGACGCCAGCCCCGCCGGCCUGGCGGAGCUCAUCGGCGACUGCUUGCAGCAAGACCCGCAGGCGCGGCCCACGGCGGCCCAGGCCCUGGAGCGCCUGCAGGGGCUGAGCAGCAGCAGCAGCAGCGGCAAUGGCGGCAGCAGCAGCGGCACCGUGCUGUGA